GCUGUGUUAAACCGACCAGCAAUUUGUCAGAAGAAACAUCAUGAAAAAGAAGAACUGAAGUUCUUUUGCAGGGGCUGUAAAGUCGCCAUUUGCAACACUUGCGCUGUAACGCUUCAUGAAGGUCAUGGUAAGAUGCCCGUGCAAGAAGCUGCAGAUGCGUGCAAGAUACAGAUCAACUCCAUGAUUUCUUCCUUGAAAGAUAAAAUGGUGGAAAAGAGAAAGGAAGUCGAACAACUCAACCAAAAGAGCAUGGAAGUUCAAGCGCAAGUAGCAGACGUAAAAAGCCAAGUGCAGACGAAUGUAGACCAAAUGAUUGCAAUCAUUGAAGCGAGGAAACAGGAUGUUUUUAACGCGGUCGAAUAUCAAGCGAAAAAAUCACUUGAAUCACUUUCACAGAAAAAAGACGAAGUUGAAAAUAAAGUGAAAAUAAUUGAGUCAGCAAUUAGACGAACUGAAUUUCUGAUGAAACGAAAGUUUAGUACAGAAAUUCUUGGAUUCAAUGAAACAUUUGAUAAAAUCCUACAGGAAGAGGGCACCCAAGGAAUCCGUGACACUGAAUUUAUUCCUCGGUUUAGUUUCACUAAAAGUGAAAAACUGAUUAACGUGUUGAACAGUGAAGGUAUAGGUAAUGUAAAAAUUGUUUUUAGCGAAUUUAAAGGGCAAAAAUCAGGGGUUAAACGCAGGGCAAGCAGUGAGGCAAUUGCUGCGAAUAAAAGGCCAAAUGUUCGUGACAGUCCUCUUGAGGCUCAGGUACAGACCAAGCGUUACAUUCCUGUGCUAUCAUUUGGACGAGAAGGUAAGUCUGUUGGAAUGCUUAAAGGGCCCUGGGGGGUGGCAGUGAAUGACCAUGAUGAAAUUGCUGUGGCUGAACUCUUCAACCACAGGGUUUCAGUGUUUAGUAGUGACGGUACCCACUUAAGAUCGUUUGGUAGCGAGGGUCAGAAUAAUGGUGAGUUUAAUCAACCUUCAGGGAUCGCUUUUGACAGUCUUGGUAACAUUGUAGUGACAGACUGUAAAAACCACAGGGUGCAAGUCUUUGAUAGAAAUGGAAAGUUUCUCCAUAGGUUUGGUGAGUGUGGAAGUCUUGAUCACCAGCUUAGCUACCCUGAAGGUUUAUCAAUAAACGGCAACUGUGAUAUUAUUGUUACUGAUGUCCAUAACCAAUUAAUCAAGAUAUUCUCUUCUAGUGGGGAGUAUUUAUGUAAAUUUGGUGGAGCAGGUUCUUUGGUCGAACCCUAUCACUGUAUCCAACAUGGUCAAUAUUUUAUAGUCUCAGACUAUGGUGACGAUUCCAUUAAAAUGUUUGAUCUUGAAGGAAAGUUUAUUUCUAAAUUUGGAAAACGUGGGGAGAGGGAUGGACAGUUCAAUAGGCCCCGUUAUUUGUCAGUUGACAAAGAAGGAUUGCUAAUGGUCUGUGAUUCAUACAAUCACAGAGUUCAGGUAUUUGAACUGAGUGGAAAGUUUGUUACAAAGUUUAGAAGUGAAGGUAGCGAGAGGGGAGCGUUAAAGUAUCCAGUUUCUACAGCAAGUCUUAGUGAUGGGAGGAUAGUUGUGAGCGAUAAGGAUAACCAUCGAAUCCAGAUAUUUGACCAAAUAUGA